AUGCCACAGAAAACGCACGGCACCAAGUCGCCUCCAGACGCUCAGGGGUCGCCGGCAGAUGGCUCUAAAUCACCCGACGGCGUGGACUCCGUGCCAGCCGUGGCCACCAGGCAGCCCGUUGGCGUCGUACAGGGUCUCCCCUUCCCGGGGCUCAAGAAGGGAGCUCGCGGUGGCGCGGCUCCGUCACGAAACCGCUCCAUGUCAAUCAUGCCGCCAGCACGGGCCGAGGCGAACCCCGCCCUGAUGCAGGCGAAGAUGGUGCUGCAGAGGCUUCAGGAAGCGCAAAGACAGAAGCAACACGACCAGCAGUUGGCCAAGUUCGAGAAGAAGCAGAAGAAGCGGAAGCAGAACAACGACUUGCCACCCUCGGAACCGGGCUCAAAUUUGGCAUCGAGGGCUGGCAGCGGUGAGGACCUGGCCGUCCCAAGCCCGAUGACCUUAGCAGACCGUGAGCGUCGGUUGUCCUACGUACCACUUCUGGAGGAGGAACCUUCAACGAGCGAACGCUGGGUGGUGCUGCUGUUGAGCCUCUUUCUUCUGAUCCUCAGCGUCGCCCUGUUUGUUGUGCUGUUCGGCCUCUUCGCUCAAACUGAUUGA